UUCCUAGAAGUAAUGGUACAUAAAUGAAAAGUAAAUCAGGAUGGUUAAAAUUCUCUGUCUCUCCUGACACUGUGUUUAAUUCUAUCAGUUGCAGAGAGUGGUGAUAAGUCUACUGAUGGUGGAAAUAGAGAGGCAGUCCUUCUUUAUCUGUAUCUGACCUCAAAGCGUCUGGGAGGACAGAGCCUAAAAGACUUUUCAGUUUCCCCAGAUGAACCCUGUGCCAGGGAUGCCUUCUCUGAGCCCUGGGAAACCUAGGGGUAAGAGUGUCUUUCCAGGGAAUUGUACAAACAAAAAUAGCGUCCAUGCGCCCACAGUGUCCAUAGAGAGAAGCUGAGGCGGCCAAGCUCCAGCCCGAGGCACCCGGUCGCUGGGACGAUGAAGAUGUUGGCUUCCUUAGUCUGGGCAACUGUCCAGGCUCUGAACAAGAGGAAGCUGCAGCCCACCCAGGCCGCCCUCACCCUGACACCUUCGGUAGUAAACAAGAUAAAACAACUUCUUAAAAAUAAGCCUGAGCAUGUAGGUGUAAACCAGGGGAUGCAACAGCUUUCUUAUGCUCUAGAAUAUACAAAGACAAAAGGAGAUUCUGAUGAAGAAGUUAUUCAAGUUGGAGUCAAAGUAUUCAUUGAAAAGAAAGCAAAGCUAACACUUUUAGGAACAGAAAUAGACUGUGUGGAAGACAAAUUAUCCAGUGGGUUUCAAACAUGAAAGGAACUUGUGGCUGUGGAGAAAGCUUUAGUAUUUGAAAUCUCAGGACUCUUCUGGCCAUAGGCUCCAGGAAAGCUGUGGAAGCCUUGGGGCUCACUGAAGAAAUCAUGUGACUGUCACGUGCUUAAUGUGGGGGUGCCUUGUUAGGAAAAUAAAGUGAUGCAUUUUGAAAAUGAAGCCAGUGUGUUAGAUUCCAGAAGAAAUGAUACUAUGAUACUUGUAUUCUCUGUAGGUGAUGGAAAAUGAGAAGCCAUCACUCUCUUUGGAUCAUUUAGGUCUCUUGCAUUCUUGUUUUAGAACCAGUUUCAUUAAAGUUGCCUUCCUGGGCACCUGUUUAUCCAUUUCUUGAACGUGUGCAAUCCUUAGAUCUCUAUCGAAUGACUUGAACAUGCAUCUCCCUCAGCAUUUCUCCCAACCAGAUCAAUUACUCCUAAAAUCAGAGACAAGACGUCCUGACUGCUGGUAGUAACAUGAUGUUGCAUUAUUUUUCCACCCAAACUUAACAUAGCCUUUUUACAUUUUUAUCAAACAUUUAUUGUCAGAUGCCUUAUUGCAUACCCUUUAACGGUAUGGGGCAAAGAUUUUCUUGAACUAUAGUACAGAUUAGUU